GCUGCGCGAGUCAACAGGGCACUCAAGAUGCGCCCUAAAGUGUCGGGGCCGGGUUCUGCCGGGAACCGGCCGGGACCCGGGAAUCCGGCGGCAGUAGCCGCAGCUCCUCUACCCGCAACCAAUCCGGCUCCGGAGCCCUCUGUAGUGCCUGAACCCGCCUUUGCGCUAGCACCCGCGACCAGACAGAGAGCAGGAUCCGGUUCCGCAGCCGUCUCGGGACCCCCAGCCGGGGCUCGCCGGGCCUCGGUGACUGGAUCGGAGGCUGGAACCCAGCGCGCAUCCGCAUUCUCGGCCGUCCAGGAGAAUGCCCAGUCCGUACCCGACAACUCGGAUGCGUCGCGGACUCGCUUCAUAUUCCAAGGGCCGCCCUUUGGUCCCCGAGCCAGUGGCUUGGGGACUGGAAAGGCGAUGAGCAUCUUGAAGACACCGGCUGCCUACAUCGGCCAGCGGGCUGGGGUGUCCGGCCCCGAGCGCGCCGCCUUUAUUCGGGAGCUGGAGGAAGUACUGUGCCCUGACCUACGUCCGCCUGUCCAGAAGACCACCCAAGAAGAGGUCAAAGUGAUGUUAAGUUUGCUGGAGGAGCUUCUCCCACGUGUUUGGGAGACUCCAGCAGCCAGGAACUCUAUUCCUCAAUGGAUGGGGGUCCUUCUGUAGAGAGAGCGGGAUCUGAACAUGGCAGCCUGCAUUGGCCAGUCCCUGGUGAAACAAAACAGUGUUCUGUUGGAGGAGAACAGCAAGCUGGAAGCCAUGCUGGACUCGGCCACGGAGGAGAUUUUAUAUCUCAGACAGCAGGUGAGCCUGAGGGAUGACCUCCUUCAGCUAUACUCAGACUCUGAUGAGGAGGAGGAUGAAGAUGAAGAAGAGGAAGAGGAAGAAGAGGAAGAGGAGGAGAGGGAUGAAGAAGAAGAGCAGAGGCCUGAGCAUCCCUGUGAAGCCUCAGAGCUGACUCCUGUGACGGAGUCAGAGUCGCACCACUGCCCGCAGCAGGAGGCCCUGCAGGAGCAGCUGCGGCUACUGGAGGAGGAGAAUGAACAGCUUCGAGAGGAGGUCUCUCAACUCGACGACCUUGAGGAGGAGGAACAGAUAUUCAUCCUGGAUUGUGUGGAGCAGUUUUCGGAGGCCAGCCAGCGGAUGGCCGAGCUGUCGGAGGUUGUGGCGCUCAGGAUGGAGAACUAUGAACAGCAGCAGAAUGAGGUCACCCAGCUGCGGGUCCAGGUCAUGGAGCUGCAGCGGUGCUGCUGCUGCUGACACUCACUGAUGUGCCUGGGGAGACUUGCCGGCAGCGGGGGCUGCAGGGAUUGGGGAGACCUGGGGUGGGGAUUCACUGGCUUUCGGUCCUUCCAGUAUGGGGCUGAGACUGAGAAGCUGCAGAAGCAGCUGGCUUCGGAGAAAGAAAUCCAGAUGCAUCUCCAGGGUGAGCUGCAGGACCUGCAGGAGAAGUACUCGGAGUGUGGGGACAUGCUGAUGGAAGCCCAGGAGGAGGUGAAGACCCUCCGCCAGCAGGCCCUGGCGUCCACAGGCUCCAUCACCCACUGCACAUACACUGUGCCUCUGGAGGCACUUCCUGAUUUCCAGGAGACCCUGGCUGAGGAGCUCAGACUGUCUAUAAGGAGGAUUAUCUCAGACCCUGUGUUUUUUAUGGAAAGGAAUUAUGAAGUGACUCCAGAGGAGACAUCAGACCUGGGAUAUGAGCCACACCACAGAGAGGAGCAGGCACAGGAGCAGGGGCUCGAGGCUGGAGAGGGGCUAAUGCCGGCCGAGGAUUUUGUGCCUGCGAAAGAGUUGGUGCCCGAAGAGGAGCUGGGGCCCAUAGAAGCGGCAGCGCCCGCUGAGGAGGGGGUAAUAGAGGAGGUGGAGCUGGUGUCUGAAGAAGCUGAGGCCUGGGAGGACCUGGAGCUGGAGGUGGAUGAAGCAACUCAGAUGAACAUGGUAACCUCAGCCCUGGAGGCCAGCGGCUUGGGCCCCUCGCACCUGGACAUAAAGUAUGUCCUCCAGCAGGUGGCCAACUGGCAGGAAGCCCAUUUCAGGCGGCAGCUGAGGCAGAAGAUGAUCCAGAAAGGCUUUGCUGUUCCCCAGCAGCCUGCAGAGGCCCCACAGACUACCUGAGGCCCUUCCUUCUGCUGCCUGGCCAAGCCCCACUCUCCUCAGACCCUCUCUUCACAUGCUCCGAAGCAGGACCCCUGAUCUGUCCCCAGCUCACCCCAGACAAGCCUGGACUGGAACUUGAGGGCCCAAGCCUCAAGCCUCUUCUGGGAGAGGCUGAAGGAACCCUGGCCCUUGUUCUGCAGCUGGUGCAAAAGCUGUGGCUGCUGGGCCUGGGUCAUGUGUUGGCUCCUGGGGUGAAGAAGCCCAGGGGGAGGCCCCACCAGCUACCAGACCCAGCUCUGAGCUGGGGGCGGGGCUCAGGCCCUGGGCAGAGGAAUUGUUCUGAGCACCCUGCUGACUAUACACCCCUCACCCCUUGACCCCCAAAUUAAACGUGGCUCCCCUGUCCUUGGUGACUUUUAGGGACCUGGUCGUUUCCUGUUCUUGGCUCUUCUCGGUUCCUAAUUACUCUUUGUAACCAGAAGUGUCUGUGUGGGUGAGCACUCCCUCUGCCUGGUGGGGACCUCCCCCCCAUCUCCUGUCUCUCUACCUGUGACCUGUGAGUAUCCAGGCCCCCUCCCAAGGCCCUGUCACCCACCCACAUCUUCUCCUCAAUGCCCCUUGUUUCCUGUUCUAGGUGUUUUUCCCUCUCCCCCUCUUUACUUAUAGACAGUGGAGUCGGGGCCCAGGACCCCGCUGGCAUCUGUCCUGAUCCCCACAGUGCUUCUCACGCUCCUGUUGCUUGUCAGUCUGUGUGCGUGCUGGUGCAGAAAAUAAAGGACCUGUGUGCUCCCUGG